AUGGAAACGCUGUGUGUCGGAAGGGGCAUCGCGGAAAUCAGUGAGUUUUUGAUGGAUGUUCACCGUCGGUUGUUGCUGAGGCCGGCGGCAAGGAACGAGCCAGUGAGUAGCUCUCACUGGCUUAGCUGCGGGUUUUCCAGAGAGGUAGACCUGGCCUCCAGUCAAGAUCCCGGGGACGGUGGUGUUUCACCCGAGCCACCCCACAAGAAACCGCGUAUAGGAGUGGCCAUGCAGCACCAGGCUUCGCCUGGAACAAGUGACAGUGUUUCGUUGCGGAGGAGCUGUGCCGAAAGUGUUUCGACGUCAUGUCUAAAUUCUGAAAUGUCUUCGUCGAGGCGGCCGGCUAGUGUUGGGAGCACAAUGAAAGGCAAAGGGAAAGGGAAAGGAAAAUCCAAGCAGAAACAAGAUGAUCCGCAUGGCGGAAUGAGUUCCCGCUUGCGAUCGAGAAAGAAUGAACAAUCAAACGGAUUCAUUUCUGACGGAACCAACGGGGCUGUGAAAGAGCCAGAUGAGGUCAAUGCAUCUGCUGACGAAGAAAGUCCAAAAUUGCAGAAAAAACCUCCCGUAUUUUCUAAAAUGGACGAGGAACUUGUCCGGCUUAUUGGUCAGCAUCUGAGAGGCCUUGGACUCGAGAGUUCCGCGGAGGAGCUGAUGAGAGAAUCAGGAUGCCGUUUGGAGCAUCCAGCAGCUGCAAAAUUCAGAUCUCAUGUCAUGAAUGGGAACUGGGACCAGGCGCAAGAAUCACUUGCUGCUGUGGGAGAGUUUCUGGCCAAUCAAGAGGACCUGAAGAAAAUGCAAUUUCUCUUGUUGGAGCAAAAGUACCUGGAGUUACUCGAGACGGGUAAAGUUCACGAAGCUUUGCGUUGCUUGCAAAUGGAGUUGACGCCGAUGAAUUACAACACUCCGCGAGUGUAUCAACUGACGCAAUUCCUCAUGUGCGCCAGUAAUCAAGUUCUCUACACUAUGGCCAAAUGGUCAGGGUCUGAGCCGAAGCUGUCCAGUCGGAAGUCACUGAUGGACAACUUGCAAAAGUUCCUUCCGCCGUCCGUUAUGUUACCUCCAGAUAGGUUGAGACAACUCGUUAUCCAAGCGGUUGAACUUCAAGGAAGCCGUUGUCAAUAUCAUAAUCCUAUUGAUGACACGUAUAAGAACGAUGUUUCCCUCUUGACGGAUCAUGUAUGCACUAGUGAUGAUUUUCCGUCUCGAGUAAUUCAAAAUCUCACGGACCACUCUGACGAGGUGUGGUUCUGCGUUUUCUCUCCUGAUGGCAAAACGCUUGCGACGGGUUCGAAGGACACUACUAUCAUUUUGUGGGAUGUUGACGUGGUCGAAUUCAAACUAACUCGUCGGAAGGUUCUUGAAGGGCAUACGUAUGGAGUUGCUUUUAUCGCUUGGAGCCCGGACAGUCACUGGUUGGUUGCCUGUGGAACCGAUGAUUGCUCCGAGUUGUGGAUUUGGGAUGCUCGGUCAGGAGAUCUCCAGAGAAAAAUAUCACACUCUCCGGAUGAUUCCCUCACCACCGCCGCCUUUCACGCCUGCUCUAAAAAAUUUGUCGCUGGCGGCACAAAGGGACAAUUCUAUCUCUGUAAUUUGGAAGGAAGUCUGUUGGAUUCCUGGGAAGGUGUUCGUGUGAGAGCAUUGUGGACGAGGAAAGAUGGUAAAACUGUGUUGGCAGCUGAUACUCAUCACCGUAUUCGCGCAUACAUUUUUGAAGACCCUGCAGAUUAUGGAGUGUUACGUGAGGAUCACUCCAUUAUGUCUUUCACGGUACAUCCUAACGGGCAGCUCGCUUUGCUCAAUGUUUCCACUCAGGGGGUACAUUUGUGGGACCUUGAAACCCGUUGUUUAGUGCGAAAAUUCCGUGGUGUGACUCAGUCGUACUUCACGAUUUAUUCAUGUUUUGGAGGAUACAACCACUCUUACAUCGCUUCUGGCAGUGAAGAUCAUAAGGUGUAUGUGUGGCACGUGAAACGUUCGGAACCUUUGGUGGUGCUUUGCGGGCAUUUGCGGACAGUGAACUGUGUUUCCUGGAACCCGGUGUUCCCCGAAAUGCUGGUUUCAGCAUCUGAUGAUUGCACUGUGAAAGUAUGGGGCCCGAAGUAUCGUGCCCGCGAUGACUUGGAGUAUAAACCAGCGAACACGACAGGAGUGACAAUGCGGCUCGGUAUCCGCGUGGCUUCACCCUUGUGCGCCGACGAAACGUUUGUCCAGAGCUAUCCAGAAGAAUAUGAUGGAUCGCUGGAUUGCGUUACAUUAGCCUUGGCCUGUGCUUUCAAUAGGCGUGGCUCAUUGCUGGCAGUUGGGUGCAAUGACGGUCGAUUGAUAAUUUGGGAUUUUAUCACUCGGGGCAUAGCGAAAGUGAUCAUGGCGCAUUCACAUCCUCUUUGCGCGCUUAGCUGGAGUAGAACUGGACACAAAUUACUCACAGCAGCAACCGACAAUUCAGUUUGCUUGUGGGACGUUCUCACGGGAGAUUGCGAGCAUCGCUAUCGCUUUCCGUGCCCCGUCUUGAAAAUACAGUUUCACCCAAGGAACCCUUACGAAUUUCUUGUGUGUCCAAUGCGGCACCCAGCGAUUCUCAUAGAUGUUUCGGAGGAUGAUCAUGGUCCCAAGAGAGAAGGAAAUAGUUUUAAGAAGGCUGUCAAGGGUACAGAACCAAAGAGCAGAAUCGAUGAUCCUGGUAAUGACGAGGAAAUUGUUGAUGUCGGGAACGUGGAUGAAGAAAGGCAGGAACGUGCUCCGUCUGUAUCCACCAGGGGAGAGAUUUAUCGGAAAAUUCCUGUCGUUGAAGACGUGGAUGUUGGACUUGCAGCUUCCUAUGAUCACACUGGUGCUUAUAUCUUCGUUGGAAACGGCAGGGGGAAAGUGUUCAUUAUAGAAAAUAUAUGUGCCAAGGAUCGCAAAAAUGCUGGGAAGUCAUCAGCAGAUCCGCUAGUUUCAAUUCCGUCGUCAUCUUUAGCCGGUGCAUCGAAGUAUUCUGAACCUGCUGACCUUUGUACACCAAAACUUUCUAAAGCAGCGCUGAAGGUUGUUUGGUCCUUCAGAGCGUCAAGUCAGCAGACGUCUGCCGCAGCAAUACGCUCGAUUGAAUUCUCUCGCCGAGGACACGAUUUUCUUGUGAAUACUGCUGAUAGGGUUAUACGAGUUUAUAGGACCAACAAAAUAAUGAGUUUAGCGUUACAUCGGCCGACUUCAAACAUUCCAGAACCUUCGCAAAGGCUUCAGGAUCUCGUUAACAAAACUAUGUGGAAGAAGUGCUGUUUUUCUGGCGAUGGGGAAUACAUCUGUGCUGGAUCCGCUCGUUCGCACUCCUUGUAUUUUUGGGAAAAGUCGAACGGAAAUUUGGUGAAAAUUUUGCACGGCACCAAAGGCGAAGUGCUACUCGAUGUUAUCUGGCAUCCUGUACGACCAAUAGUGUGCAGUAUAUCUAGUGGCGUCGUCUCGAUUUGGGCUCAGAAUCAAGUCGAAAACUGGUCAGCAUUCUCUCCGGAAUUUAAAGAGCUGGACGAAAAUGUUGAGUAUGAAGAGAGGGAAUCUGAAUUCGACUUGAAUGACGAAGAUCGUAGUCCCGAAGUGAAUGUUGAACUUCAAAGCGAAGAAACCGAGGUGGACAUAAUCAAAGUUGAGCGAAUCACCGCAUUUUGUAGUUCUGAUGAAGAUGAUGAUUGGGAUGAUAAACAACUGAUAUUUUUGCCGUGUACCCCCGAUGUCGAAGAACCUGAAGAAUCACGUCCAAGUCUUUCUACUGAAACAGCCACUGGGGAUCGACGCGAUGAUUCGUCCGUUGUACCUCCUUAUUUGGCAUCAGGACCCGGUCGUAAACGCACUUCGGUUCACGAUGUCAAUUUAGAUGUUGAAAUAUCCAAAGAUGCACAUCCCUGUUUGACGGGUACGAAGAAAGAAAGAUUGGCUGCGGGAGUGAAGAAGUUCGGUAAAGAGUUGCGGCGGAAAGGAAAAGAUCGGGGGAAGUGAUGGCGGAUGUGGAAGUUUUUGCAAUUUAACGACCGUGUUAAAUUCUUUCUUGCUUGAUUGACGAUGGAUCUUUCUUGCUCCACCUUUCCUGUGGAGAGGUGCAAAUGAUAAAUUCUCAGGUUUAUAAUAUUUUGGCUGUGUUCCUGAUGCCGAAUUUAUUCAUGGUCCUUUUUUCUUCGUGAGAAGUAUUUUCUACGCGUACAUUGCUGCCUUGUUGUGUUCAUUUGAAAGAAGAAGAAAAAACUUCGACGUUAUUUUUAUAUUUGUGAUGAAAAAAAAGCUGACGUUUGCCUUCUUGUUCGUCUACUUAUGAAUCCAUGAAGCGUUGUAAAACUAUAAAUCUUAGAUCCUGUCGCAGAAAUGACUAGACCUGAUCCAUUUUUCGUGAAAAUUCCACGCCAUGACUUAAUUUUCCGGUGAUUCCACGUCUGGAGGUCUAAGCUUUCUCUGAUCUGACAUUUUCUGGCUCCCGUGAAUCGCGAAUGUUGACUGGUGUAUUACCUAUGUGGUGAUCGUGCCACCUCGGUCGAGGAUAUACUGCAGUUUCGCAGAAUUGUUGAACAAUCUUAGAUGUACUUCUGUACCUUGCGAAGCAAAUAUACUUUGGAGUCACGGUUGCGAACA